AUGAAUCCUACCAGUGUUACACCAUCCACAACAUCUUUCGCACAGUCAGCCAGGACCGAGGCUGACUUGCUUAUGGACCCAUACUUUGAGCCAAAGGAUCUCGAGGAUCAUCCCGAUCAUGAACUGUUUCCAGUAACAGACCUCGAUAGAGGUCUCGUUGGCUGGGAUGGACAAAAUGACCCCAACAACCCUCAGAACUUCCCAGCUUCGAAAAAAUGGGGUCUUCUACUACUCGUCAGUGCCAUUACCUUCGUCUCACCGCUAGCGUCGAGCAUGUUCUCCCCAGCGGUUAGCUACGUCGGUAGGGACCUCAAAAUCGAUAAUGAGACUUUGCUCUCUUUUAGUGUUAGCAUUUAUCUGCUAGGAUAUGCCGCUGGACCUCUCUUGGUCGCUCCUAUGAGUGAGAUCUACGGUCGUCGGCCCGUGCUCAGCUGCGGUAAUUGGUUCAUGUGUUUCUGGCAGAUUGGCUGUGCACUUGCACCAAACAUUACCACCUUGGUAAUCUGUCGAUUUUUUGCUGGAAUUGGAGGAUCCAGUCCCCUGACUUUGGGAGCAGGAGUGAUUGCCGAUCUAUUUCCCAUUGAAAAGCGUGGCAUUGCGACAGCUAUCUGGAGUUUGGGACCUUUGAUCGGACCAACCGUCGGACCCCUCGCCGGAGGCUUCAUUGGUGAAACCAUUGGCUGGCGUUGGGUCUUCUGGGUGCUCCUGAUUGUUGGUGUGGUGGUGACACUGGGUAUCGAAUUCUUGAACAAGGAGACGUACGCCGCUGUCCUGAUCCGCCGUAAGACGGAGCGCCUAAACAAGGAGCUGGGUCGCAAUGACCUUCGCAGUGUCUAUACCCCCAAGGAAGACCAUAUUUCGGUGCGAAGCGCGCUUAAGCACGGUCUUAGACGGCCGUUCACACUGUUCAUCAAGUCGCCCAUUGUCGCGCUUCUUUCCGUGUACAUGGCAGUCGUCUAUGGCCUCCUAUACCUGUUCUUCACGACAAUUUCCACUGUCUUUAUGGAGAAGUACGGCUGGACCACCGGCGUCUCCGGUCUCGCGUACCUCGGUAUCGGAAUCGGAUUCAUGAUCGGCCUCGCCGUCAACGCCGCGACCAGUGACCGUAUCGUUAUGAAGAUGACAAAGCGUAAUGGCGGGAAAUACGAGCCAGAGAUGCGUCUCCCCAUGAUGAUCUUCUUUGCCUGUUUUGUGCCUAUCAGUUUCUUCUGGUACGGCUGGACCACCGACAAGGGCGUUUUCUGGAUCGUGCCCAUCAUCGGCAUGGCGCCUUUCGGCUUCGGUCUCAUGGGCUUGUAUAUUCCCGUGCAGACCUACGUCAUUGACAGCUAUCCCGAGUAUGCGGCUUCUGCCAAUGCAACAUUGACCACCGUGCGUUCCCUCGUGGGAGCUUUGCUGCCCCUGGCGGGACCGAAAUUAUUUUCUUCUCUCGGACUUGGCUGGGGAAACUCCCUGCUAGGAUUCAUCGCACUUGCAUUUGUUCCGAUCCCGAUUAUCUUCUCCCGUUAUGGACAGCGGAUCCGGGAGAAGUUUCCCGUGGACUUGGAAUGA